CUGUUGUACGGUCUUGCGUGUCCCGCGUUGUCGCUUCAGACCAGUUUGUACGUCCAAGUUUGCCCGUAGUAGCCGGUCCUCGCAGUGUGGUCCUCACAGUCGGCUGCGUGAAGGUCCAGAUCGAAGUGUCCUUGGAAGAAGGGGACCGGUCGCGCGAUUUCUUCCUCGUCAUGCGUUGACGAGAGGUUCCCUCGACGAACCCAGUGUAGAUAGAGAAGAACACCGGUGGACACGCUGCUCAACUACGGGGCUAACAGGUCCACAUCCCAUCAUGAGGGAUUCUAGCUCGCUGAGGAGCUGCCUCCUGCUGCUGCUCGUCGCCAACGCCGCCCUCGUGCACGCAUCCGAGAACGACGAUCUGGUGUUCGACCAGGAUGGCAAGCAGUCCAUCGGCGAGGCUCCGCUGAUAGAGUCGCGCCAACAAGACUCCUUGUUUCAUAGGAUAAAGAGAGGGCUGUGGGAUAUGUUUAGCCCAUCUGAAACGACAACUACCACUACCGAGGCUCCAGAAUCCGAAGACGACAACGCGGACAACGAGCAGCUGAACAACGCUCCUCCAGUUCAGUCGGAGGAGGACAAAGAGCUGCAAAGCUCGAAUUUGGAAAGGAUAACCCGAGAUAGCGCGGAAGAAUACGACGAAGCUGACGAGAAUAACGAGGUUGGGAACGCGGCCGAGGGUCGAAGGGAGCCAGCAAAUUUUGCCAACACCGACGACGAAGACCUAGCCGGAUCUGGAGAAGUUGAAGGCAGCGCCACCGAGUUUGAUACGAAAAUUAAUUACGGCUCCAGAAGAGAAAGAAGGUUCUACAGAAUAACUUUGACCGUUGGAGAACCGUACAGGAGGGAAUACGCGGACAGGAGCAGCAGAGAGUACAAGGAACUCAGUGGCAACCUGACGCAGCCGCUCGAGGAGUUGCUGAACCGUGACAUUCCCAAUGAAAAUCACCACGUCAACGUUGUUAAAAUAUCGCCAACUUCUGACAGCUUUACGUCGCAAGUUACUCUAGACAUUGGCUCCACGUUAGCUGAUGAGACGGAGAUGCAGUACAUCAUCGAGAAACAGCUGCAGAUCCACUCGUUGGGCAACGUCCAAGUGCGUCCGGAUGGAUUUACCUUCAGAAUAUUCCAAGUAGGGUUUGAAGAAGAGCUGGAAUGCGAUCAGUCAACUGAGUUAACGUGUAGAGACGGUACAUGCGUUCCAUUGGAGCGGCGAUGCGAUGGAAUCGCCGACUGUAAGGAUAGUUCUGACGAAGAGGGCUGCUCCGAGACUACAACGCCCAAAGUAGAGAUUGGAGAGUCGCAAUGCGACCCGUCAGUCGAGUUAACGUGCAGAGACGGUACGUGCGUGCCAUUAGAGCGACGAUGCGACGGAAUUCCUGACUGUAAAUAUGGUUCUGACGAGGAGGGUUGCCAUGAGACGAUAACGCAGCCGAGCAUCAGGGAUUUCGCAAGAACCGAUCAUAACGAAGUUUUGGGAAUUGUACCAAAAGAAGACGAUGAAGAUAUAAACAGAGUUGAUUCGAUACCUAGCAAAUGUCGCGCCGACGACACAAUUCGUUGUAGAGAUGGAAGUCGUUCUAUCUGCUCUGUACAGCAAUGUGACGGCGUGAAAGAUUGUGACGAUGGUGAUGAUGAAGAUGGUUGUCCCCAUCCAGGUUGCAGCCCCGGAGAAUUCGCCUGCGACGUGUCUAGGUGUAUCUUGGACUCGCAGCGAUGCAACUUCGUCCAAGAUUGCGACGACGGGAGCGAUGAACACGACUGCAACUAUCCUGCCUGCACCGCCUCGCAAUUCAAAUGCGGAAACGGUCAGUGUAUCGACAGCGGCGACCGCUGUAAUAACGUCGAGGAUUGUUUAGACAGAUCAGACGAACUUAACUGCCCUUGCGGAGAGAACAAAUUCGAAUGCACCCCAGGCUAUUGCGUGGAUAAAUCGAAACGCUGUGAUGGAUACCAGGAUUGUGGAAAUGGGAGGGAUGAGGAAAAUUGUCAGCACAUAACUCGAUGUCGAUCAGACGAGUUCGAGUGCUUAGACGGAAGUUGCGUGAGCCAGACCUCGAGAUGCGACGGAAGAUCCGACUGUCGAGAUCGAUCUGAUGAAAUCAAUUGCACCGUGACCACAUGCAGCGGAGAUCAAUUCAGGUGUCUGGAUGGAACCUGCAUCAGUAUCGACAAAAGGUGCAAUCAGAACAUAGACUGUCGUAAUGGAGAGGACGAGAACCAGUGUGGUUGCGGAGAGGCCCAGUUUCGCUGCACGGACGGACGGUGCAUCGGUUACGAGUUACAGUGCAACGGGGUGGAGGAGUGCUCUGAUGGCUCUGACGAAAGGGACUGCGAAAAGGUCAAGUGGAGGAAUUUAUACAACGAUGAGCAUACGUUUCGCAAGUAUCUGGAAACUGCGAGAAUGCUGAACUGGAAUCACGUUGGUGACCUGAAGCAGCGGAAUUUGACAAAUUCAAAGAAACACCCGAAGAACAGCUUUACCAUCGAUCCAUCCUCGAAUAAACUACCUGAUAAAAAUUCAAGUCCACAGAAUAUUUGGAGGUCCGUGCCAAAGCAUUCGAAUUCCUUACCAAGAAUAGCCAUCGAGAUAAGCGAUCCGUGCUCGAUGAAAAUAAUCGAGAAAAAACCGAAUCCAGGGAACAUUUGGAGGUCCAAGUGGAGGAACUUGAAUCCCUUGUCACGAAUAGGUUUCAAAAUAAUUGACACACCCGAUAGGAACAGCUCGAGAUCUGCCAAAAUGAUGAUACGUUCCUUGAACGACGUGAGAGAUCUCACUGAUAAUGAGGCGAAGAAGCCGAAAAAGAACAGGAAGAAGAACCACCGAAAGUCUGAUGUUGAGAACGCAACGUCUAGUGAAGUGUCAGUUCUGACCGAUCCCACAAAUUCCACGACUGUGGUCAACGAUGAAAAGGUACGUGCGAAGAAGAAGAAGUCGAGGAAGGGUAGGAAGAAAGGGCAGAAAGGUAGAUUCAGACAUAUGCUCGUAUUUGCUGGCACAAAAUAUCCAACAGACUCGACAACACCGGAGACUGUUAGCUCGACCACCACCGACGAUCCAAGUUCAAUGAAAAAUGAAAUACUUUCUAAUAAGAUUCAAGAAGAGAUGGAAGAAGAAACGACUUUGAAAAGCGUGGAGGAAACUACGGUAUCAAAAUUGGAAGAUUUUUCGAUUAGGCCGGAGGUUAAUCUUUCGACGAAGGAAGAAGAUGAAGUAACGUUGGAAGGCGAGGUGAACAGGACGACGGAUAGUGUCUUUGUUUCGGUGAAGGAUGAAUCUCUUAGUCUUACAGAGUCGAGUGAAAAAUUAUUUGUUUCUGAAGAUGGGAGUCUGGAAGAAGCCGUGGUAACCACGUCGACGAGUACAGAACAAAUCAACUCCACUGACUUUUCAGAAACUACAAAUUGGAAUUGGUACUCUGAUGAAGAUUUAGACAAGAAGUUAAACUUCACCGGGGAAGAAUACGCGAUGAGAUUGGAUUCAGGGGACCGAAAUACUUUCGAUAUAUCUGGGACUAAAUAUUCAUUGAAGGAAAUGCUGUAUUGGAUCCCGAAGACGACAUUCCUGGAAGAGACCACAGUGUCGGAUUCAGAAAAUUCUUCCUGGACUACGGAAAAGUACAGGACAUCGACUGUCCUAAGUUCGGAAGAAAAUUUAAUUGCUGACGGAUCUAGUCAGGAUUCUACGGAGAUAUCAGGUAGCAGAAAAGAGAGCGAAGAGACGACGUAUUAUGACGAGAACUUGGAAGAGAAGGAAUCAUCGUCGGUAUCAUCGACAGCUUCUACGAUUGCAGACGAGUAUUACAGUUAUAAUGUAUCUGCAAACGUGGAGACACUGUUAUUCGAAUCUAAUUUGAACAAUUCCAAGGUCCUGAUAGAUCUACUUAGUAAAGACAGGUUAGCUGAUAAAAUUCUUCCCAAGUCAGUUUCUAUCGACCAAACCUUGGAAGCGAAGAUAUACAAUUGUACCUCGAAGUGUGUGGAUUUCUAUAGACAGAGAGUGUAUGAGUUGGAGAAGAAGUUGCGACAAGCAGGUAUCGAGAAGUCUCUGACAAGCGAGAAUAAGAUUGAUUCUGGACUAAUCGAGGAUACCACACUUUCCAAGCCUGAAGAUGACGGUAAUUCUUCAGAUUCCUUUCAGGACUUCUCAGAAUUCUCAGAGGUGUUCAACCAUAGUUUAACUAUAAAACCAAUUGAUCAUAAAUAUUCAGACGCCACAGAAUCACUGACGUUGGUGGAGACCGUGACAGAACUGAGCAGGAACAACAUCAGCAAAGAGUCCAAGGAAAUCAUUGACCAAGAGGAAGGGCAAGAUCAACAGAGUAAAACAUACUCCAGAGUAGACGACGUUACGGUUUCUACAAGUUUGCCAACUACCAAGAGCUCCUCUUCCCCGGCUAGAAGAAAGUGCAACAAGGAUGAAAAGACGAACACAAAGCUCAGAGCUGACCAGGACGUGGAGGACGAUUGCGAAGAGGAUAUCACAGAAAGACCGAGCACUACAAAUUCCGACCUCAUCUCCAAAGAGACUAGCACGACCACGAACUGUGACCCGGAUCAGUUCGUUUGCAGCGAUGGCACGUGUAUCGCGGCAGACAAAUGGUGUGAUGGAUAUUCAGACUGUCCAGAUUAUGGCGACGAGUUUGACUGUAACGGCAAUACCAAUGGAGAUUAUGAGAAUGGAGUGAACGAGACCGAAGAAAAUUCCACAUGUCCGAUGUGGAAAUUUGCCUGCGACGGGACCUGCAUCGACAAUAUCUUCGUCUGCAAUAGCGUAAAGGAUUGUGAGGAUGGAUUAGACGAAGCUGACUGUGGGAUGGAAGGCCAUGUAUGGCCAGGCGAGACAACUGAGCGCCCGAGGGAAUGCGAUCCGAGCAAGGAAAUGCGUUGCAAAGACGGACAAUGCAUUCUGCUUCGACGCAAAUGCGACAAUAUCUUCGACUGCCUCGAUGGUAGUGACGAGCAUGACUGUGGGGUCUGCACACCUGCCGAGUGGAAAUGUGCCAGUGGUGAAUGCAUAGCUGAAAUCGAGAGGUGCGACAAUGUAACCCACUGUGCUGACGGAUCUGACGAGAUUGGAUGCGUAAGCGAAUGUCCGGUUGGAAUGUUUCGAUGCAACGACGGAUUGUGCCUGGACAGUAAGAGACGUUGUGAUGGUCGACAGCAUUGUAAGGACGGCUCGGACGAAAUCAACUGCCAGUGCCCCAACGGUGAGCGACCUUGCGACAACGGUGUGUGCAUCAACAAGAACUUCUUCUGCGAUAGCAACAUCGAUUGCCACGAUGGUAGCGACGAGCGCGACUGCAACAACGUGGUGACCCCACCAGCAGAAUGUCGUGCUGACGAGUUCACGUGUCGCGAUGGAACGUGUAUUCCGCAAUCCGCCGUCUGCGAUCGACGCCCAGAUUGCCCUCACGAAGACGACGAGACGAACUGUCAUCAAGGCUGUGGCAGGGACCAAUUCCAGUGUGCGAAUGGAGAUUGCAUCAGAGCUGACCAACAGUGCAACAGUUUCAUAGACUGUGAUGAUGGAUCUGACGAAAAUUGUGCGCCUGACAGUUGCCCACACGGCUACGUCGCGUGUACCAGAGACAAAGAUUGUGUACCUCAGUCCUCUCUCUGCAAUGGGGUGCCAGAAUGCAGGGACAGAUCCGACGAAGAAAAUUGCUAUGGAGAAUCUCGUCGUCUCAACUUGAAGACUUAUCCAAGCGAGCAAGUGAUCAAAGAAAACCCGCCGAAGCAAGGUCGUGAGGUCGUAUUCCAAUGCCGUGACGAAGGUCUUCUUCGAGCCAGAGUGCGCUGGCUACGAGGAAAUAAUCUGCCUCUGCCUCCUGGAAGUCGAGAUUUCAAUGGACGCUUAGAAAUACCAAAUAUCCAACUGGAACAUUCAGGAGAGUAUAUCUGCGAAGCUGUUGGCUAUCCUUCGUCCACGCCUGGUCAGCAAGUGAGCGUGUACCUCACUGUAGAAAAGUUCGAGCCGCCACCAACCAACAAACCCCAUGCGUGCCAAUACGACGAAGCCACCUGCAGCAACGGCGAAUGUAUUCCCAAAUCAUACGUGUGCAAUGGCAGACUGGACUGUACCGAUGGUUCUGACGAGAUGCGUUGCAGUCCGCACGGUUGCGAGCCAAAUCAGUUCCGCUGCAACAACACAGAGUGUGUGAGCAAAGUGUGGCGCUGUGACGGUGACAAGGACUGCGCCGACGGCAGCGACGAAGAAGACUGUGCUCCAAACGCACCAGGCACUCCCUGUCGCUUCACAGAGUUCGCCUGUGGCAGCCACGAUCAAUGUAUACCCAAAAGCUAUCAUUGUGACUUGGAGAGGGACUGCAUAGACGGUAGCGACGAAGUAGGAUGCUCUCCAGUUUACAUAGUGAAACCACCUCCACCGAUGAUCAUUAUGUCUCAAGGAACAACUUUAAUGAUAACCUGCACAGCGAUUGGCGUGCCCACUCCCGAGAUCAGCUGGCGUCUCAACUGGGGCCACGUUCCUCCCAAGUGCCACAUGACAUCGAUAAACGGAACUGGAACUCUCUCCUGCUCCGACAUGCAACCAGAAGACCAAGGAGCCUACUCCUGCGAGGCAUUGAACAGCGCUGGCUUCGUAAUUGCCAUCCCCGACGCCAUCGUGAUCGUUAACAAGACCGGACCGGAAAUUUGUCCCAAGGGAACGUUCAACUCUGAAGCUAGAACCGCAGACGAGUGCAUUUCCUGCUUCUGUUUCGGAGUCGCUACCCAAUGUCACAGCGCCAACCUCUUCACUUAUCACAUUCCACCGCCUUUCGACCGCCACAGUAUCGCAAGCGUGAAAACUCAACCAGAUCUUCAAAUUCUGAACGACAUCACCAGACAAGUGCAAGCUGUGAGAGGUAUAGGUCGAGAUGGAGUGCAGCUGUACGAUGCAAACCAACUGCCAAUGGGUUCAAGUGACGGACAGGAAGUUGCUUACUUCGUCAUGCCUGAGAACUAUCACGGAAAUCAGUUGAAAUCCUACGGUGGCUAUCUGAAGUACAGAGUAACCUAUAAUGGAACCGGCAUACCAAACACCGCGCCGUCGGUUAUUCUGACUGGAAAUAAUUAUCGACUCUUGCAUAAAGGAAAGCAGAUAAUAACGGGUUACGAUAACGAAGAGACUGUCAGGUUCUUCGAUGGCGAAUGGUACAAGCAACAAGGAUGGGCUGAGGUUCCGGCCACCAGGGAAGAUAUUAUGAUGACACUGGAGAACGUGGACAAUAUCUUGAUCAAAGUACAGUAUGACGAUUCUCCGUACUUGGAUGUCCGGCUCACUAACAUAGUGAUGGACACAGCUGAUGUAAGGAAUACUGGACUCGGAUCGGCCUCUUAUGUGGAAGAAUGUGAAUGCCCUAUAGGAUACAGUGGCCUGUCAUGCGAGCAAUGUGCUCCAGGAUACGAAAGACGAGAAUCUGGUCCUUGGCUUGGUCAAUGUUACUUAGCCGCGCCUCCUAGUUGUCCUUUGGGAUAUUAUGGAGAUCCUGCGAGGAACAUUCCUUGCCAAAUGUGCCCCUGUCCACUCACCAAUCCAUCCAAUCAGUUUGCACGCACUUGUCACCUUGGAUCUGAUGGUCAGCCGACCUGUGAUUGUCCAGCAGGAUACAUAGGUCGUAGAUGCGAACAAUGCAACGUUGGAUACCGAGGAAAUCCUCUUAUUCCAGGAGACAUGUGUGUUCCCGAAUCUUCUUGUGACCCUGACGGUAGUCUCAGUACGAUCGCGGAUCCUAACACCGGCAGGUGUCGAUGCAAGCAAUACGUGACGGGUCUUACUUGCAAUCAAUGUAAGGCGAACACGUUUAAUUUGGCAUCGAAAAAUCAAUUUGGCUGCAUCAGCUGCUUUUGCAUGGGCAUUACUGACAAAUGCGUCUCCUCCAACUGGUACAGAAACGACAUUCGAGUUUCGUUUACCAAUUCUGUCAGGGACUUCUCUCUCAUCGAGUCUAGAACACCAGAUAGUCUACCAAUCACAGACGGUAUUCGUUUGGACACAGUCAGCCGCGAAAUCAUCUACAACGAAUUCCCUAAUCGUGGGAACAACGACGUUUACUACUGGCAGUUGCCUAGCAUUUUCCUAGGCGAUCAAGUUACCUCCUAUGGUGGCAACCUCAAGUAUACUGUUCGCUAUGUUCCGUCUCCAGGUGGUCAGAGCUCGAAAAACAAUGCUGCUGACGUCGAGUUGAUCAGCGCCAACGAUAUCAACUUGCUGUACUUCUCCAAAGAGUCUCCCGAGCCAAAUACUCCCCAGACUUUCGUCGUACCUCUGUUAGAACAAUAUUGGCAACGCAACGAUGGAACACAGGCUGACAGAGAACACUUGCUAAUGGCCCUGGCUGACAUCCGCGCGAUUAGGAUCAAAGCCACAUAUACCACCCACACCGACGAAGCUGCUUUGUCAUUGGUAUCCCUGGAUACAGCUGAAAAGUACAACACAGGUCGGGCAAGAGCCGUAGAGGUGGAGGAAUGUUCUUGUCCAGUGGGUUACAAGGGACUAUCUUGCGAGGACUGCGAUGUUGGAUAUACUAGAGGUGGCGAAGGUCUCUAUCUGGGUACGUGCGAGCCUUGCUACUGCAACGGUCACUCCAACCAAUGUAAUCCUGACACGGGAGUAUGCGAGAACUGUGCUCACCACACCACUGGCGACUUGUGCGAGUUCUGUGAAUCAGGAUACACGGGUGACGCGACUCGAGGAACUCCUUACGAUUGCACAGGUCGCGAGGUAAACCAUACUGAUUGCAACGAAAUGGGUUCGCGCAGCAGCUUGUACAUUGGUGACAGAUGCGACUGUAAACGAAACGUCGAGGGACGUCAGUGUAACAGGUGUCGUCCAGCUACGUUUGGACUGUCCGCGGAAAAUCCGGAUGGGUGUAGUGAGUGUUACUGCAGUGGAUUGACCGAUCAAUGUCACGAGAGUUCCUUGUACGUUCAGCAGAUUCCCAUGUGGGUAUACGACAACCAACACGGAUUUACUCUAACCGAUUCGACAAGACAGGAAAUCAUCGACCACCGUGAUUUCGAAUUGAACUUAGCUACGAACGAAAUAGGGUAUCGUUAUCCGGAUAGCAGACGACGCAGCUUGUUGUGGUCCCUGCCGCCCAUUUUCACUGGCAACAAGGUUAAAAGCUACGGAGGAAGUCUGACUUUGACUCAACAUAUCACUGCCAUUCCUGGGGCUCAGAGUUACAAGGAUCAGGAUAUUAUCCUAAUCGGAAAUGGAAUCACGUUGUUCUGGACGAAUCCUAUUGACAUCCAGCCUGACGUUCCAUUGACUUACUCGGUGCCAUUCAGAGAAUCAGAGUGGAAGCGUUUGACUACCGAGGGACCUCGAGUCAGCUCCAGGACUGAUCUGAUGACUGUGCUCUCUAACUUGGAGGCGAUUUUGGUUCGUGCAACCCACAGCGACGGAAUGAGAGCCACGUACAUUAGCGACAUAAGCCUGGACACAGCCGUGGAGCAUCCGACUGGCAACAGAAGAGCUGUCCAAGUGGAAGUUUGUCGCUGCCCGACCGGAUACGUUGGAACAUCCUGCGAGUCUUGCACAACAGGUUACUACAGAGACACUAGCGACCGAUCCGUCAGCUACCUGGGCUCCUGCAUUCUGUGUCCUUGCAACAACAACGAGGAGAGCUGCGAGAUGACGCACACCGGCCACGUGAAGUGCCACUGCAAGCCAGGAUUCGUGGGCCAGUACUGUCAAUACACUGAUGGGCUGAUGGUAAGUCUAACGCCAGUGACGAGCGUGUUAAAGGCAAAUUCGUGGGUUCUGUUCACGUGCAGUUACAAGUCCCCACACCCAUUUUAUAUCUAUUUCUCAAUGACUCCGUGCGACGGCUGGCCAUUAACCUCGUCCAGCAUGCCACCAGGGCCCAUUGAAAGAACUACUAAUGGAUCGUGGAGGAGCUGGUACGUUUAUGUCCAGCAGAAUCCUUUCAAUGUAAUAUGCUGCAUCGUGGACGAUCAUGGAACGGAACUGAUCAAAGUUAUAACGACGGUCACGCCAGAAGGCACAAUAUCGACCACCACGACAAGUCGUCCACCAAACCCACCAAAGAUUGUGGUUUAUAUCAGAGAACCCGAGUUCCAGAUCGUUGAAGCUGGAGGCACUGUUAGGUACCAUUGCUUUGAAAGAACGGACAAUGGAUCUUUGCACAUCAGAUGGGAAAAAGAAGGUGACGAACUACCAAUAGGAAGAAGCAUAGACGACAAGCGUGGCUUAUUGAUCAUUCGAGAUUUGAAAGUGUCUGAUAGCGGCAUUUACAUUUGUCAAAUCAGCGAUGGAGUGCAUAUUGGUUACAAGAAUGUCACUCUCACUGUUGGAGUUCCACCAAGGGUUAUCGUCGAGCCAUCAUCUUUACAAGUAAUGGAAGGAGAACCAGCGGAAUUCCGGUGCGAGGCAACUGGGAAUCCCCCACCACGAGUCGAAUGGAUUCGUGUCUAUGGUCCCAUGAGCCCGGGUGUAGUGGUCAACAAUGGAAUUUUGCUCCUGAGAUCUGCUUCGAGGUACGAUGCCGCCGAAUAUAAAUGCGUGGCGAGGAAUAACGUUGGCAUGGACGAGAGAACUGUCAUUCUUCAUGUUGAAGAAAAAUCCACUCAACCCAUAACACCACCAAUCAUCACACCGUCACAAUGGUUCGGCCAACCUGGAGAAACGAUCGUGAUAACGUGCGUGACAUCUUUAAUAACGAAUCUCACCUGGUCUAGAGAAAGGAACCCACUACCUCACACAGCCAGCCAACGUGAUGGUGUCUUAACAAUUGUAAAUCCUACCCCUUAUGACACCGGUACCUACGUCUGUACAUCGACCAGCUACAUAGGAGUGACUAACAGCACCAUCAACAUAACAGUAACAUCUAGAACACCAGCACCGUUUGUCAAGGUGACGCCUGAGAAACAGACCGUUCCUCAAGGCAACAUAGCUGAAAUAAGGUGUCUAACAAGCAGAGAACCCGGUGAACAUAUGACGUGGAGCAAGUAUCUUCAACCGCUAAGCUCUAAUGUACGACAAGUAGGAGACACUUUGAGAAUUGUCGACAUCCAAAUUGCUGACAGGGGUAUAUAUGUGUGUCGAGUCACUGGACCAAGUGGAACGCACGAAGCUAGCGCCAUGAUCGAAGUCGAACGCAGGGAACCUCCAUUGGUAGAGAUCUAUCCCAAGAAUGUCCCUCCAGUUACUCUGGAUGGGUCCACGGAUCUCCAAUGUCGAGCAACUGGAAUCCCCAUGCCAGAGUUACAUUGGUCUCACGAAUCUAAUCGACCGUUCCCUCAUAAUAUUAAACAACUUCCUGGUGGCGUUCUGAGACUAACCAACAUCACAGCCAGCGAUGGUGGGUCGUACGUCUGUACCGCUAUCAAUCCCGCCGGAACGAAUUCAGCCAUGGUAUACAUAGAAGUUCAAUCCAUGCCUGUCAUCAGUAUAUCGCCCCAAUCUGGAAUGCUGCACGUGAGACCUGGGGAUAGGGUACGACUACUAUGCAGCGCAAAUGGAUUUCCGGAACCUUCAGUUACUUGGAGCAGACAUCCGAACGUAGUAUCGCCUACAACCAAUGAAUUGGCAGCCCCUCAUCAGGCCGUUUAUGAAAUACACUCCGCUUCUUCGAGUGACGAAGGUUCAUACAUCUGUCAUGCAAGUAGCAGAGUAGGAACUACUGAGGAACGAGUCUAUAUCAGAGUAGAGGAUAUAAAUGACGGAAAUGAUAACGCUAUACGAACGGACUACCUCAGGAUUCCCGAUGGCGGCAAGGUGGAAAUGCGUUGCCAUGUGCAGGAUUCCGAUGGACACAGAAUUUAUCUGGAUUGGAGAAGGGCGGAUGAUAGACCUCUGCCAGCUGGUAAUUCCGUUGACAAUGGUGUACUGAUCAUCCCUGUCGUGGAUAAAAGUGCUGCAGGAGAGUACGUUUGCACUGGAAGAGACCUAACUGGAAAUGUUCUCUUCAGAGCCACAUCUGUCCUUGAAGUAUUAUCCCCACCAAGGAUUGUGUUAAUCCCACCAAGACAAACAGUCCGAUCCGGAGAAAAUCCAUCAAUCGAAUGUCGUACCACUGGUGACGAACCAAUGAACAUAGAAUGGGAUGCCAUAGGGCGUAGCUUACCUCACUCGGUGACACACCAUCGUGGACUUCUCCAGUUCCAUGGAAUCACUUAUUCUGACGCGGGAAAAUAUGUUUGUAAAGCUACCAACGAAGCAGGAACCGCUGAAGCUGUUGCUGAAGUUCUAGUGAAUCAAAAUCCUUACGAGAACACAGAAAUCAGACAUCUCGAGAGAGACAUGGUCACAUAUGUGGGACAACCUGUGCGUUUACGAUGCAUGGUCAGCGAUAGAGCUACAAUACACUGGUCCAGGGAAGGACUGCCAUUGCCACCUAAUGCUAGAAUCAAAGACGAUUAUUUGGACCUACCCAGAGUAAGACUGGAAGAUAGUGGAAGGUACAUCUGCCAGACCCAAACCUCUCAUGGGGUUUCCAGUGAUUAUGUUAAUUUAAAUGUCUCACUACUUAAUUUGCGUACGGAUUGCACGCGUGUGAACCCAAUGCAGUGCAGGGAAAGCAGUUGCGUCUGCAGCGUUCAAGGAUGCUUUCUGUUGGAUUACUAUUGCAAUGUGAAUGCUAUCUUCUAUCCUGAUAACCGCUACUACUUCAACAACAAACGGUGGAUUCCCCACUAUCUUCAACAACUAGGCGCUACUACAAUACCUGCUGUCAGUGUGGAAGUCUCUCAGGAUCCAGUGAACAUUGGAGAUAACAUUGACAUACGUUGUGCAUGCUCUGGAACUCAUAAUCCACGUUACUAUUGGUCCAGACCUAACCAUUCUAGUCUGCCACAAAAUGCUCAAGCGCAUGGAAACACUCUAAGAUUGUCUAACGUGACUGUCAGUGACAGUGGACUAUACAGAUGCACUGCAGACACUCCUGAUGGUACCUUUGAGCAGGACUUCAAUCUUGUUGUCCAUGGUGGAAACAACGAUGCUCCAGCAAUUGAAACCAAGCUUGCUCCUUAUGGCUCCAGUCUAGAAAUGGAUUGUCGUCCUAGCAUCGAUCCACCACUGACGUUCUCCUGGAGCAAACUAGGAGGUAUUUUGCAACCUGACGCUCAAGUAUUUGAGAGUAAAUUGAAGCUAACCAACGUCAAGGCAGAAGAUGCAGGCACGUACAUCUGCACUGUGAACAACGACCAUGAAAAUAUAGAAAUACCGACUAUGCUUGUCGUAACUGGAGUAGUUCCAUACUUCAGUCAGGCACCUCAAAGUUUCAUUGCUUUACCUCCACUAGCUGACUCAUAUCUGAAAUUCAACAUAGAGAUCUCAUUCAAGCCGCAAAGCUAUGAUGGUAUAAUCCUGUACAAUGAUGAAUCCAACCGUGGAAAUGGAGACUUUAUUAUGUUGUCACUGGUUAGAGGCUACCCACAAUUUAGCUUUGAUCUUGGUUCUGGACCAACUAUGAUUCGGGCAGAAAAGCCUGUAACACUUGGAGAGUGGCAUACUAUAAAACUCCAGCGUCACAGAAAGGAGGGAACCAUGUUAGUCGAUGGUGAAGGCCCUUACAAAGGUAUCGCAGAUGGCAGGAAACAAGGAUUGGAUAUGAAAUCAUUAUUGUUUGUGGGUGGAGUCCCCAGUAGUACCAUAAUUACCAAGUAUGCAGAGAUCAACAGUGGUUUCGUUGGCUGCAUCAGUAGAUUGGUAAUUGGAGAAAAGGAAAUUGACCUGAUUGGUGAUCAGACAGAUAGCUUUGGGAUCACUAACUGUGAAACUUGUGCUGAAAAUCCUUGUAACAAUGGUGGUGUAUGUCAAGAAGCUGCUACAAAGAAUGGAUACAUUUGUCUGUGUCGUGCUGACUACAGUGGCAAGCACUGUGACUAUGUUGGCCAGCCUUGUUAUCCAGGUGCAUGUGGUGAAGGCGAUUGCAUAAACAAGGAAACGGGCUUCGAAUGCUAUUGUCCUUACGGAACAACCGGUGCUCGUUGCGAGAAUACGAUAAAGGUCUAUGAACCAGCCUUCCAUGACGAUAAAUCCUAUAUAGCACACGAUACACCUAAAGCUCUUAGGCGGCCGAGAAUGAACCCAACCAAAAGAUACGAUCGAUUACGAGCACGCAACGCACAAGUUAGAAAUCCACGAUCAAGGCCACAUCACCACAAUAAGCUGCACCACACGAAACAUUAGUCCUUUUUUUCACAACCAAACCCUUUCAAUGCACAUAAUGAUAAAAAAAGAAAAAAGAAACGAAGGAAAAGUCACUUAUUAAAUGUUUGUAGAGAACGAAUCGAUUCUUAUGUAACUGCUAUUUAUAGUUAGUCAGCAUAUUAUAUAUUAUAUGUGUAUUAUAUAUAUUUUUUUUAUGAGAAUUUUAUUUACAAUUAGAUUUUUUUUGUGUCUGUCUCAUACGUGUCAUAGAUGAUUAUGUUGAAGCCUGUAUAGUGAGUAGUUCCUUGGAAUGAACCUCAUGGUGCUGUAAUAUUAGAGUAUCAAUUAAUAUACUUACGUUAUACUUUUCAUAUAACAACCUUUUACAGGUCCAAGUAAUUAUUUUCAUAGCAACAUUAUUUCAGAAACAAUUCUUGUCGAUAGAGCUCUCUUUUUAUUAAGAUGCCAUUCGAUUCGUUGGAUCUUGGACCAUAAAGGGUUUUUUGUACAGCUUCUUGAAUAAUACAUUUUAACGCAUUGUGUUAGUUAUUUUAAUUAUUGUUUAAAGUAAACCAUUAAUAAGAUCACUACCAAACAAGAAAGGCACUUUACAGUAGUAUCAAGAGCUUAUUAUUGGCAUUAUUGUGUUGUGGCAUUAUACGCGAUUUGUGUACUAAGCACACAGUCAACACAUUCACACACACACUUAAUAUCAGGCACAUCUUAAGAUGUUUGUACUUAUUUUGUAAGAACCUGUUUGAUGUAUGUGCCAUAAGUGGUGUGUUUUUAGGGCCAGAAUGACCGUUUAUAUGUAUUUCGACGGGCUUCGAGUGAUGCUAUAAGUAUAAAUAUAUGUCUUGAGAUGCAAAUAAAAAUUGAUUUAACAGGA